AUAUUGUAGAGCUCGUUAAAAACGGUGGCAAGAAGCCAUUUCGUCCCCAAGUAGAACGUUCAUCGGCGCCUGGUAUGCCUCAUUUACUGUAUAUAAUGGAGAGAUGUUUAAGUGAGAAUGCUAACCAUCGACCCGAUACACAAAUGUUGAUGAGAAUGCUACGCUCGGCUAAUUAUGGAAGACAUGCUAGCAUAAUGGAUAACAUGGUUUUUAUGCUCGAAACGUAUGCCAAUAACCUUGAAGAUCUUGUCGCCCAAAGGACAAUGCAACUCACGGAAGAAAAGAAAAAAACGGACGAACUGUUACAUCGAAUGGUACCACCAUCGGUGGCUGAACAUUUAAAGUGCGGGAAAUCUGUGGAACCAGAAAGCUUUGACGACGUCACAAUAUUUUUUUCUGACAUUGUUGGUUUCACGAGCCUAUCAGCUAUGAGCACCCCUAUGCAAGUCGUGAUGCUGCUUAACGAUUUGUACUCUUUGUUUGAUGGCAUUAUAUCAAGUUAUGACGUAUACAAGGUGGAAACUAUCGGCGAUGCCUACAUGGUAGCCAGUGGUUUGCCCAUCCGUAAUGGAAAUAGACAUGCUGGUGAGAUAGCUACAAUGGCACUGGAUCUGUUGAGCGCUGUGUCCAAAUUUACAAUACGUCAUCUUCCACACAAAGUAUUACAGCUUAGGAUUGGCAUUCAUUCAGGUACUAUGAGGACGUCCUCAUGCAUUCAGGUACUGUGA